CUUCCACUCACUCCUCUAUCUCUUCCUCCCCUCAGACGCCACCAUGUCAUUCGAUCGUCUGAAUUCUCUUGAGGCCCAGCCUACGACUUACCGUCGCUCUGAUGACCCCCAGUAUCAAGAUGACCCCGAGUUCCACCGUCUCACUGAGUCCCUCUCGAGUCAACUGUUUACGCUGACUUCCAACAUCACCCGGCUCUCGGACCAGAUUGCCCUACUUGGGACAAAGCGCGAUACUGAACGAGUACGAGAGCGAGUCCAUACUCUUCUAGAGCAGACCCGCGCGGGCUUCAAAGAAGUAGGGGAGGGUAUCAAAAAGGUCCAAACCUGGGAAGACGUCAAUCCUUCUCAAAAAUGGACCCAGCAGAAGUUAUCAACGGAAUUCAAAGCGACUCUGGAGGAGUUCCAGACUGUCCAGCGUCGUGCUUUGGAGAAGCAGCGUGCGUCUGCGGUAGCUGCCCGUACCGCCGUGGAGGAUAGUGAAUUCGCGGCCGAAGGAGGGGCUCAUCAGCAGCAGCAGCAGCAGCAACAACAACAGCUUCUAGAGGAGCAGCCCCGCCUGGCAAACCAAGACGAAGUGGACUUCCAGGAAGCUCUGAUUAUCGAGCGUGAAGCCGAGAUUCGCAACAUUGAGCAAAGUGUGGGCGAGCUGAACGAGUUGUUUCGCGAUGUGGCCCACAUCGUCCAUGAACAGGGUGGUCAGCUGGAUAUUAUCAGCGAGAAUGUCGAGAGAGUCCACCACGAUACUCGCGGCGCAAAUGUCGAGCUCCGCAGCGCCAGCCGAUAUCAGAAGAAUGCCCGGAAUAAGGCUUGCUGCUUGCUUGUCAUUCUAGCUGUCAUCUUGGCCAUUAUUAUCCUGGCGGCUACCCUGGGGUAAAGUGGGCUGUUGACCAGAUCCUAUCUACCUUUUCUUCAUGUUUCUUGUUGCCGACCACGUUUUCAUUUAUCUUCCCUGGUGAUAUCCUCCACUAUACAGGUUGUGUAUGGUAAUGUUUUGAACUAUUAUGUAUACCAACUUGUUUCAUGACUUUCAUGUGUAACGGGCGUUAUGGAGUGAAGGGGGUUCAUUCUAUUUGCAUUGCUUCUUCUUCUUCUUCUUCUUUCUUAUCCUUUCUUUUUGCGCCUGAUAUCAUAAAUAGCUUGUGUGUUAUACAAUAUUAUACAUUGCGUAAUUUCCCAGAUU